AUCCCUGUGGCGAGGUCCGCGUCUCGGCCUCAGGAUGGCCCGCGUCUGAGGGGAUUUGCGUGCAGAUCCUCAUGCGACUGACCCGGUCUGCAGUGUACACAAUGUUGCAGACACAUGCAGAAAAAGACCGCAUUGUCACCUCUCUCCCUCCACCUUUCAUACGCCAAGCGACCCCUUAUAAUCAGGAUGACUUUGACGAAGCCGUUAAAAAUGCAGCCAAUGCAAACUGCACACUUCAAGCUGGACUCAAGAUAUCGAAGAUGAUUGUGCUUGGAGAUGUUGCUACAGGCAAGACUUGCUUAGUUAAUAGGUUCUGUCAUCAGGUUUUUGAUUCGAACUACAAAGCAACAAUAGGAGUAGACUUCGAAGUGGAGAGAUUUGACAUUUUGGGAAUUCCCUUUAAUUUACAGAUAUGGGAUACAGCAGGCCAGGAGAGGUUUAAAUGCAUAGCUGCUUCCUAUUACAGAGGUGCUCAUGCUGUGAUGGUUGUGUUUGAUGUGACGAACGUUGUGACUCUUGCACACACGGCUCAGUGGCUUGAGGAGGCACGGGAAGCAAAUAUUAAUAGCUGUCCUUUGGUCUUUCUUGUGGGCACAAAACGAGAUCUUAUGAGCGAGGGAGCCUACAACCAGAUUGAAGCACAGGCUCGCCGCGUAGCCCAUGGUCUUGGUGCUGAGUAUUGGGCUGUGUCAUCGAAGACGGGAGAUAAUGUGGAAGCCCUGUUCAUGCGGCUGGCUGCUCUGACCUUCAAUCGUGAUGUAUUGCAGGAGGUGAAGGGCUGUGACACUCGCAAAUCCUCUGGGACUGUCAAAAUUGGCGAACGGCUGGAUGACACAUACGAGACAGCUAAGAAGUCGAAGUGUGCUUCAGGGCACUGCAACAAGUGAUAAGAUGUGGAACGGUAAUUAUUCUUGCAAUGACAGUUUUGUCAUGUGAAACCUACAUUGCAAAAUAGUUUACUCCAGAUGCUAGAUUGUCCUUUAGUAAAAAAAUUACUGAUAAUUUUACGAAAAUAUAUUAAUAUCUAUUAUGUAACAUACAUACGAACAUAUACACAUAUAUAUUUUAUAAGUUAUUACUAGUAUGUCAGUAUAACAAGCUUCCUGAAGUAUGGUGCUGUCCAAUGAAUAACACAAUGAAAGAAGCACAACGUUUUUUACUUCAUUUUUUGACUACUUCCCUUCCAUAUGUGUACGUGUAGCUGGCUCUUCGUAAAUCACAUCAGGUGACGGGUAGGGAAUCACCGAGCUUGUGCUACCUCAUGGGUAAUUUAUAGGUAUAUUGGGAUGACUGGUUGUGGAAGGCUGGCCAGGGUUGUGUCUGGAAUUAAC